CAAAAAAACCAAACCCCAAACCCCCAAAUCUCAGUCUUAGCUGGUGCCACCAAAGAAGCUUUUGAGCCAUGUGGACUUUUCUUGGAAUUGCUACUUUCACCUAUUUUUAUAAGAAAUGCGGGGAUGUCACCCUGGCCAACAAGGAGCUCCUGCUGUGCGUACUGGUGUUCCUGUCGCUGGGCCUGGUGCUCUCCUACCGCUGUCGCCAUCGAAACGGGGGCCUCCUUGGCCGCCAUCAGAGCGGCUCCCAGUUCGCUGCCUUCUCAGAUAUUCUCUCUGCUUUGCCUCUUAUUGGCUUCUUCUGGGCCAAAUCACCCCCUGAAUCAGAAAAGAAAGAACAGCUGGAGUCCAAGAGGCGCAGAAAAGAAGUCAAUCUGUCAGAGACGACGUUAACGGGAGCAGCUACCUCAGUAUCGACAUCAUCUGUGACGGACCCAGAAGUGAUCAUCAUAGGGUCUGGUGUACUUGGCUCUGCUUUGGCAACAGUACUCUCUAGAGAUGGAAGAACGGUGACAGUAAUCGAGAGAGAUUUAAAAGAGCCUGACAGAAUACUUGGAGAGUGUCUGCAGCCCGGUGGCUAUCGAGUUCUUCGAGAGCUGGGCCUUGGAGAUACAGUAGAAAGUCUUAAUGCCCAUCAUAUACACGGCUACGUAAUUCAUGACUGUGAAAGCAGGUCUGAAGUUCAAAUUCCAUACCCGGUGUCAGAAAACAACCAAGUACAGAGUGGGGUUGCUUUCCACCAUGGCAAGUUCAUCAUGAGUCUCCGGAAAGCAGCUAUGGCAGAGCCCAAUGUAAAGUUUAUAGAAGGUGUUGUGCUUCGGUUACUAGAGGAAGAUGAUGCUGUGAUUGGUGUGCAAUACAAGGACAAGGAGACUGGGGACACCAAGGAGCUCCAUGCCCCGCUCACUGUUGUUGCCGACGGGCUCUUCUCCAAGUUCAGGAAGAACCUCAUCUCCAAUAAAGUCUCUGUUUCCUCCCACUUCGUUGGCUUCAUUAUGAAGGAUGCACCACAGUUUAAAGCCAAUUUCGCGGAGCUUGUUCUGGUCGAUCCCAGUCCAGUUCUCAUCUACCAGAUUUCACCCAGCGAAACUAGGGUGCUUGUCGAUAUUCGAGGAGAAUUGCCAAGAAACUUAAGAGAAUACAUGACAGAACAAAUUUACCCACAGAUACCUGAUCACUUGAAGGAAUCAUUUCUGGAGGCCUGUCAGAAUGCUCGUCUGCGGACCAUGCCAGCAAGCUUCCUUCCUCCUUCCUCAGUGAACAAACGAGGCGUCCUACUUCUGGGAGAUGCGUAUAACCUGAGGCAUCCUCUUACUGGUGGAGGAAUGACAGUCGCUUUAAAAGAUAUAAAAAUAUGGAGACAACUGUUAAAAGAUAUUCCUGACCUUUAUGAUGAUGCCGCUAUUUUCCAGGCCAAAAAGUCAUUCUUUUGGUCAAGAAAAAGGAGCCAUUCCUUUGUUGUGAACGUGCUGGCUCAGGCGUUGUAUGAACUAUUUUCUGCUACAGAUGAUUCCUUGCGUCAGCUCCGAAAAGCUUGCUUUCUUUAUUUUAAACUUGGUGGAGAAUGUUUGACUGGUCCUGUUGGGUUGCUUUCUAUAUUGUCUCCUGACCCUCUCCUAUUGAUUCGACACUUCUUCUCCGUUGCAGUCUAUGCCACGUAUUUCUGCUUCAAGUCAGAGCCAUGGGCUACAAAACCUCGGGCUCUUUUCAGUAGUGGUGCUAUACUGUACAAAGCGUGCUCUAUAAUAUUUCCUCUCAUCUAUUCAGAAAUGAAGUAUCUGGUUCACUGAAAGGGAAACCACAUGGAAGUCAUUGGGACUUGAGGAGGAUGUACAUAGCCUAGGACUGUGUGUGUGACUUCUGCAGUGGUGACUCAAGGACCAAGCUUGUGUAUAAGCAUGUAAAUAUAUGCCUUAAUUCACAAUUGAGAAUGAAGGGUCAAUAAGCUAGAUGUUUAAAAGAAUGAUUGUUUCCACAAAUUAAUGUUAACACUCAAGUGUUUGAUUUCAGUAUUGGGGUGAUUCAUUGGGACAUGCCAAUAAAAUGAAGAGUGAACUCU